AUGAACAAGCUGCUGUUGAUAGCCCUUUUUGGAUUGGUGCUUGCCAUAGGUUUAGCGCUUUCGUUUGAUGAUGAUGAAAACAAUGAGGUCAGAGGCGAUUUAGAGAGGUAAAAUGAAACUUUUUUCUUGGUAUUCUGUUUUGCCUUUAAUAACACGAGUUUUUUAUGAACUUUAUAAAUUUGGAAUACGGAGUCGACAAAACUGAUAUUUGCUAAUCUAUUUGACCAAAGUGAGCUCUACUGGAAUGAUGAGGAAGAGGACGGAGACGAUGAGGAGCCAAAAGAGGAGAAGGAAAAGAUAACUGGUUACAGUGUUGAAGAAAAACAUGAUAAACCCCUAUCCGGUCCAAUGCAGAAAUCAGCCGAUCCGAUUCUACCUUUCAUAGGUUUGCGCCUACUGAGCCGAGCAUUUCGCCGUCGCCGUCGCCGCCGAAGACGGAGAUUUGGUUAA